AUGUCUGUUAUCCAGAAAUACCAACAGUGGCAACGGCAGAUGAUCUGGGUUGGCUGGCCGAUUUGUAUCAGCGGACUUGUUGCUGGCUCUUUUGCCAACACGCUCGAGACUCUUAUCCUCACGCAAGUUGUCGCUUAUGGUGUUGGGUUCCUUAUCCUUUCCUACCCUAUGCUCGUAAUGGUAAAUGAGUAUUGGAUCACUCGUCGCGAAAUGGCAUACGAAUUACUUUGUGGCGCAUCUGGAGUUUCUGGUACUGUCAUGCCGUUCGUAGUCUAUGCUCUCCUCUCCAAGUAUGACUAUCAGACUACGCCUUCCGCCGUUGCUGUUGGCUUAGCUGUUCUUACAGGACCUCUGAUCCCGUUCCUUUACGGUCGAUUGCCUCCCUCCGCGCACGUCAAUACGCCGAAGACAAAUUGGUCCUUCUUUAAGAGCCCUCUCUUCUGGCUAUACUCUAUAUCCAGGUUGUUUCAGGGCUUUGGAUACUUCUUCCCUUCAUUUUACCUCUCAUCCUUCGCGACUUCUCUCGAUCUGAUUGAAAGGUCUGGGCCCGUGCUUCUCGCCGUCACGAGCGCAUCGCAGGUCACAGGGCAGUUUGCCUUCGGAUAUCUCUCGGACCGGAAAAUACCACUCAAUGUACUUGCUAGUACCUCUACGCUGGUGGCUGCCGUGACGACUGUUACUAUGUGGAGGCUAGCGGAAUCUUUCCCCGUCCCAAUCGGUUAUGCCACCCUGUAUGGUUUUCUUGACGACGCUACAGCCGGGCCGAUCGUCUUUGGCCAGCUCAAGUUCGGCAAGGGUGUUGGGAACGUACUCACUGGCCUCAUCAGCGAUCCCCUAGUUCACAACAACAGUGCCCUGCACCAUUUAUCUGCUGCCGAGUCUCUGAUUCCGUGA